AUGGACGGCGAAUUACCCUUUAGCGUUACGCAGAAGAUGAUGGAAGAUUUGGGCUCCCAGCUUUUCCAAGAGAUUGGAUCCAUCUGGGGUGUCAGAGAUGAACUUGAAGAAAUCAAAAACAUUGUUUCCGCAAUCGCAGCUGUACUACUAGAUGCAGCAGAGCAGCAGUAUCAUAACCAUCAAGUCAGGCACUGGCUCGAAAAGUUAAAGGACGCAAUUUAUGAAGCAGAUGACUUAUUGAGUGAGUUCUCCACCAAAGCUUUGCGGCGAGGAGCGGUGAGUGGGAAUAUAAUCACAAAAGAGGUACGCACUUUCUUUUCAAGUUCAAACCCUAGUAAGAUGAGUCGAAAAAUGAAGGCGAUGAGUCAAAAACUAAAUGCUAUAACAAAGGAUAGGUAUACUUUUCAGUUGAAAGAAUACCAUGUAGACACAGAUGUUGUGAGUAGAAAGAGGGCUUCAACUCACUCAUUUGUACGUGAAGAAGUCGUUAUUGAGAGAGAAGAGGACAAAAAGGUUAUCAUAGCACUAUUAUUGGACUCUAACGUAGAAGAGAAUGUUUCUGUCAUUCCCAUUUUGGGGAUAGGUGGGUUAGGGAAGACUACACUUGCUCAAUAUGUGUAUGAUGAUGAGGAAGUCAAAAGAUGUUUUGAGUUAAAAAUGUGGGUAUGCGUGUCUGAUGUUUUCAAGUUGAAAAUGAUUAUUGAAAAGCUGAUAGUAUUUGCUUCUAGUAAUGCACCUGGAAACCUUGAAAUGGAUGAAUUGCUAAUUCUACUUCGCAAAAAAAUUGAUGGAAAAAGAUACUUACUUGUAUUGGAUGAUGUAUGGAAUGAAGAUCGUGAAAAAUGGCUUAACUUGAGAGAUAUUUUAAUGGGUGGUUCAAAGGGAAAUUAUGAAAUGGAUAAGGAUACCGUGAUACAACUAUGGAUAGCACAGGGGUUUAUCAAAUCAUCAGUCGAAAAUCAACCAUUAGAAAAUGUUGGUGAUAUUUACUUCAAAGAUUUACUUUGGAGGUCUUUCUUUGAAGAAGUAAUAGAUGCACAUGGACUCCUAAAAUACAAGAUGCAUGGUUUAAUUCAUGAUCUUGCAAAAUAUAUUGGAGGAGAUAAGUGCAGGCUUGCUAGUUUUGAUGGCAAAAAUAUUGAUGAAAAAAUUCAUCAUGUAUCAUGUUCAUUUCCUAUUGGCUCAUCUUCUACUAAAAUGUUUAGGUUAUUAGCUAAAGCAGUCAAUCUACGUACAUUUCUUCUAACAUUUGGAAAGCAAAAAUCUGGUGCCUUGGAGGAGUCAAUAUUGUGGAAUUUGCAAACUCUAAAACUUCGUGAGUGUACAAAUCUUAAAGAAUUACCCAAAGACAUUAAAGAAUUGGUCGACCUGAGGUAUCUCGAUAUUACUGAUUGUGAUGGGUUGAGUUAUAUGCCACGUGGAUUAAGACAAAUCACUUCCCUUCAAACUUUAUCAGUUUUUAUUGUGAGCAAGGUCUCCAAGCAUGUUGGUGGACUAGGUGAAUUGAAUCGCCUAAACAACCUGAGAGGAAGAAUAGAGAUCAAACAUUUGGAACAGCUGGAAGAUGCUAACCUAGAAUCCAAGGCCGCAAAUUUAUGGGAAAAGGAGCAUCUUGAAAAAUUGAUCUUAUUGUGGAAUAAAGAAGAUAAUACUAAUAAUGAUGAUGAGAUGUCAUUAGAUGGCCUCCAACCACACCAAAAUCUCAAAGCUUUGGAAGUUGGAAGCUUCAAGCCUUUGCAAUCAACAAUGGCAGUGGCUUCUUCACUUCCCUCUUCCUCCUCCUCAUCCUCAUCCCCUCCUCUCUCGAAAUUAAAGUCUCUGACUUUAGCUUGUAUAGAUGAUAUAGAGUCUUUGCCAUCAAAUCUUAAUUCUCUCAACACAUUGCAGAUUUGGGAAUGCCCAAGACUAUCUUCCUUGUCUCGAGCCAUGCCAUAUCUCACCUCUCUUAGGGACUUGAAUAUUCGAGAUUGCAAAGAGUUUAAUUUGUUAAAUGACGGGGAUGAUGAUGGCAUGGAGUGGCAAUACCUUUAUUGCCUCUGUUCUCUGAGUUUCAGUAGCCUUAAGAAACUAGAGUCUCUUCCAGCUGGUCUUCAAUAUGUUACCACUUUGAAAGAGCUCAUCAUUGUAAAUUGUCCCAAUUUGAUUAGUUUACCCAGAUGGUUUACUAAACUCACAUCACUUACACGGCUUGAAAUUGUUGGAUGCCCUAAUCUAGUCUCUGUACUUGAUGGGAUUAGUUAUCCAAUAUCUUUACGUUCGUUGAAUAUUCAAGGUUACCCAAAUUUGACAACUUUUCCAAUGUGGAUUAGCAACCUCAUCUCACUUGAAGAUCUUGGAAUUAAUGAAUGUCCCGAUCUAACAUCUCUUCCUGAUGUUAGCUGUCUUAGAUCUUUAAGGAACCUGGAAAUUCGCAGCUGCCCCAAUUUGACUACUUUGCCAGAUGGGAUUAGCAAGCUCACAUCACUUUGA